GAAUCGUGUCUCUAUAUAUAUUCCAGCUGGAGUUGCAAUUUUAUCUCUUGUUUCGCCAUUUUUCAUCCAGAUUCCUCACUGUGGCUCCGCAGAUUAUCUCUUCGCCACAAGUCUAGACCGCCGCUGCCCUGACUUAACGUCCGAAUUACGCCACACCCCAAACCCCGUGUCUCUCUGCUAAUUAUCUUAGUUAAAGCCGCUAACUACUCAUUACAGUCACAGCCUUACUCGCUAAACACUGUGUCAAGCGUCGGAGUCACUUUUUUUCACUUGCAUAGAUCCACACCGGUAUAUAUAUAUAUAUCUUUGCUUCGCUCUGCAUUUACGGAACAAACAUCUCGCCACACGCAACAUGUCCGAAAUCUACUCAGACGUCCACAGCGUGGACGGCUUGCACUAUGAAGAUAUCAUUGAACUGCAUCCGGAACAGGUGGUGAUCUCCAGCUACGACGAACCGCUUGUGGGGGUUAAAGACUUCUAUGAAGAUCAUUUCAAUGACCCCGUGCAAAAGGUCAAAGACUACUUUAUCUCGCUCUUUCCCAUCGCCAAAUGGAUUCUUCACUACAACAGACAGUGGUUAUACGGUGACUUGAUUGCCGGGAUCACUGUUGGCUGUGUGCUCGUGCCGCAGUCCAUGUCGUACGCCCAGGUUGCCGGGUUGGAGGCCCAGUACGGGUUGUACUCCUCGUUCGUCGGUGUCUUUAUCUACUGUUUCUUUGCCACCUCUAAGGAUGUGUCGAUCGGGCCAGUUGCCGUCAUGUCGUUGCAGGUUUCUAGAGUUAUUUCGCACGUUCAGUCCACCGAUCCUAGCAUUCCUGCGCCGGUCAUUGCUACUGUUCUUAGUUUGAUUUGUGGUGGUGUUGCCGCCGGUAUCGGGUUUUUACGCCUUGGGUUCAUCCUCGAAUUCAUCUCCAUGCCCGCAGUCUUGGGUUUUAUGACCGGUUCGGCCUUCAACAUCAUCACCGGCCAGGUUCCAGCCUUGAUGGGCUACGGGACCUUGGUCAACACCAGAGCCGCCACCUACUUGAUAGUGGUUAACACCUUGAAGAACUUGAAGCACACGAAGCUCGAUGCCGUGUUUGGGUUGAUUCCGCUCGCCCUUCUUUACUUCUGGAGGUGGUCCACCGACUGGGCGGGCGUCCGGUUUCCAAAGUACCGCAGGGUUUUCUUCUACCUUAACGUGAUCAGAAAUGCCAUUGUCAUUGUUGUUUUCACCGCCAUUUCCUUCGGGAUUGUGCAUAAUCACCGUUCGGCCAAGGAAAGACCGAUUGCGGUCAUCGGCACCGUGCCCUCCGGGUUGAAACACGUCGGGAAGAUGGUGUUGCCAGACGGGAUUGUGCCUAAAAUGGCGAACGAGUUGCCCGUUUCCAUCAUUGUCUUGCUCUUGGAACACAUUGCCAUCUCCAAGUCUUUCGGAAGAAUCAACGAUUACACCAUCAACCCUGACCAGGAAGUCAUCGCCAUCGGUGUCACCAACUUAAUCGGUACCUUCUUCAACGCGUACCCGGCCACCGGGUCUUUCUCCAGAUCGGCGUUGAAAUCUAAGUGUGGUGUCAGAACACCGUUUGCCGGUAUUUUCACGGGCGCGGUUGUGCUUUUGGCUCUUUACUCGUUCACCGACGCGUUCUUCUACAUCCCUAAGGCUACCUUGUCGGCCAUUAUCAUUCACGCAGUUUCCGAUUUGAUGAGCAACUACCAGACCACCUGGCAGUUCUGGAAGGUCGCGCCUAUUGACGGUGGGAUCUUUAUCAUUGCAGUGAUCCUCACCGUGUUUGUCUCCAUCGAGGGUGGUAUUUACUUUGCGAUGUGUGCGUCUUGUGCUGUUUUAUUGUUCAGAAUUGCCAAGCCAAGAGGCGAGUUUUUGGGCAGAGUCAGAAUCGCCGAGGUUGUGGAUGCGGUUAUUGACCAACCUCCUACCGAGGUUGCCGCUUCCUCCAACGAAUCUGACAGUGUCGACUCUAUUGACAAGCAGAUUACCAAGAUCAAGGGCAAGGAAAAGGGAGUGGAUGCUAGCUCCUUGCUGCACCCGCAUACCUCCAUCAACUCGUUGCCACCGAGUGUCAAGUUCCACACCAGAUGGUUGCCUUUCACCCAGAGAAACGUCAACAACCAGCUCAACAUUAUCCCUCCACCGCCAGGUGUUCUUGUCUUUAAGCCACUUGAGUCGUUCAGCUACCCUAACGCCUCUCGCCAGAUCGACGCAGUUACUCGCGAGUUGAAAUCCACCACCAGAAGAGGUAAGCCGUACUCCGCUAGUUCUGCGGGCGAUAGACCGUGGAACGACCCAGCUCCGCUUGACUUUUCGUGGUUGCCAUUCUCCAAGUUCAAGAAGAAGACCGCCGAGGAACAUUUGCAAGCAGAUUACGAAGCUGCCUUGGCCGACACUAGACCGCUCUUGCGUAUAAUACACUUUGACUUUUCGGCCGUUACCCAGAUCGAUGCUACUGGUUUACAGGCGCUUGUGGACUUGAAGAAACUUGCUGAUAGAUACGCUGACAGAGACGUGGAGUUUCACUUUUCUGGGAUCUUGUCUCCGUGGAUCAGACGCGGUUUGGUCCACUCUGGGUUCGGUUCUGCCGAUGCCGUACUUCCGAGCGGGGGUCACGGUGGUGCUGAUGUUGCGAAACGCUCCGAUGAGAACAACUCCGUGAGGGAGCACAACUACUUCAAUAUUGGUACUGAGUAUGUCGAGUCCCGUGGCAAUGCCGUGAGUGACGACGAAGCUUUGUUGGCCUACGUUGCAGUUACCGCCACCAGCACUCCAUUCUUCCAUUUGGACAUUCCGUCGUAUGAGAAUCUCUAGGUUUGGAAAAGCUGGCUUUUCUGUUUUGUUUGUUUCGUUGUUGCUUAUUUUUACUCUCUAGCACUAUUAACUGGUU